GCAGCCAUGGCUUUAACUACCAUUCCAAUUUCAUGCAUUAUUACCACCGCCAAUUUAUCAUCUUCUCCCCACCCCUUCCCCAGAAAACAUCCCAAGAUCUCAUCACUCAAUUCAAAUGCACCAAAACGUCACAACACAAUCUCUUGUGCAGCCUCGUCUUCAAACGAGGACGGUCACAAAAACCCAGUACCGUCGUCGGACAACAUCUCUGACCGGAAACUUGACCGGAGAAACGUCCUGUUAGGCCUCGGCGGCCUCUACGGCGCUUACACCGUCGACCCCUUUGCCCUGGCCGCUCCGGUCCCCGCCCCUGACAUUACAAAGUGCGGCCCGGCUACUAUAAGCUUUAGUGAGGAUAAAGUGCCGUAUUCAUGUUGCCCUCCGUUUUAUGGCACCAUUUCUGAUUAUACGGUGCCCAGUUUCACGCAGCUUAACGUCCGGCCGGCGGCUCACACCGUCAGUGAAUCGUAUAUAAGGAAGUACAAGACCGCCAUUAAGAAAAUGAAGCAGCUUUCCUGUGAUGAUCCCAGAAACUUCUACCAGCAAGCUAACGUCCACUGCGCUUACUGCAAUGGCGCUUAUCAACUCGCCGGUCAAGCUUACGAUAUCCACCCUUCAUGGCUCUUCUUCUCCUUCCAUAGAUGGUACUUGUACUUCUACGAGAGGAUAUUGCAGUCCCUGAUUAACGACCCUACAUUCGCCUUGCCAUAUUGGAACUGGGACAACCCACCGGGCAUGUUUUUCCCGGCGAUCUUCGAAGACGAUGAGUCAUCGCCGCUCUAUGACGAGUUCCGCAACCAGGAACACCUAGGCCGCUUCCCCAUGGACCUAGCUUACGCCGGCCAAGAUCUCGCCGCCAGAGAAUCGCAGAUAAUUAAGAACAAUCUGGCAAUUAUGUACCGUCAAAUGGUGACUAACGCGCCGUGCCCGUCGCUCUUUUUCGGCGCCGCUCUGACAUCUGACGGGUACGGCCCGGGCGGUCCCGCCAGCGGAACCGUCGUGAAUGUUCCGCACAAUUCCGUUCACCGGUGGGUUGGUGACCCCAGAACGCCGCAUAACGAGGACAUGGGCAACUUCUACUCCGCCUCUAAAGACCCGGUUUUCUAUUGCCACCACUCCAAUGUCGACCGGAUGUGGACCAUCUGGAAGACUCUGGGCGGCAAACGUAUGGAUAUCGCCGACAAAAAUUAUCUAAACUCAGAGUUCUUGUUCUACGAUGAAAACAAGAAUCUUGUCAAGGUCAAAAUUGAAGAUAGUUUUUUAUGCAGGGCAAGGUACAAGAUUUAAAUAUUACCAAUGACUAAAAGGUUAAGAGAAGUAUGAAUUUGACCUUGUUGUGAGCACUAGUAUACAAGUAUUGGGGAGUGUAUCGACCUGUUGAGACAUAUUCAACGAUUUACUUUCUCCACCUAUCUCCAAGACAAAAGUGGUGAGGGGAUUUUUAAGUUUGGAUUUUGUAGCGAAAAUAUAGGAAUAUGACAAAUUGAUAUGUAUCCAUUAAUAUAAUGGACAAAUGUUGUACA